AUGACAAACAGUGAGGGAAGUCGCGCUUCACAGAGGAGAAUGGUUGAGGGUGAAUCAAGCAAUGCAAGGGAGAGAAGGCUUAAAAUGCAAGCCGAUUUGGCGGCAAUGACUCAAAGGAUGGAAGAGUCUGAUGCAGAGGAGUAUGUAUACUCUGAGGAAGAGUCUGAGAUCGAGAGAUUGAGGGAGGAAAGGAGGACCAAGAAGAGGAAUGACCCCAUUAGUAGUGAGAGUGAGCAAGGGGAGUUUGAGAUUGGAGUGAACCUUGUUCAAGAGGAGGGUAAUGGCUCUCCAAGUGAAGAAGGAAGUGAUGAGUCUGAGAGUGAAGAGGAAAGAGAAGAGGUGAAUCAGUUGGUUGAUGAGAGUGAGCAAGAGAGUAACCAAGGUGAACCUAUGGAGGAGGUUGAGCCACAAGAGGAGGAAGAAGAACUCCCUAUGUACCAAGAGCACUACAAUGCUCUCUUCUCCAUGGACAUUGUGGAGACCAAGUACCACAUGUUGACACAAUGA